GAAACUAAAGAUAUCAAAAUAACAAUGCUCUUUUUUUUCUAUGAAUGUUCCUUGUUUUUACAACUGCCGCGCUUCCGCACAAGCCGCAAUCGUACGCGCAAGAAUAAUAGCCCGCGCCAGAUUAUGGAGUGUUUUGCAAGCUACAUUGUGCCGAUUGCGCUCCAUUAGGAGAAGUGCAACUAUCGGAGCGCGCGGCAGUUUUUCUGUACACAACGUUCGAAGAUAUAGCUGUGUAAAUGAACGGAUGUCUGAUUGCGCCCCACUCUUUUUCCCGUAUGCGUUAAAGCCGCGCACGUUUUAGCGCGGACCGGAUACGGCCGCCUGGAAUUUUACAUUACAUCGACUACCCAAACCGUAAUAACCGUCUUCGCGUUAAGGCGACAAAACGCACGAUUAGACCAUUAUUAAUUGAGUCGCCGGGUGUGUGUGCGUGCGGUGAUGCUCGCAGGAUCGCUCGUGCGUAGCGUACGAACGGCGACUUGGAGGACCGCCGCCGGCGCGACGACGCGCGCUCCUUGACGCUCUCGGAUGCAGUUUAGGAGCGAAAACAAUUACCGCGCGCGACGGCUCUUACGAGAAGGUGGUGAAGCACGAGGAGGGAAGAAGCGCGCGAGGAAGCGAGGAGGAGGAGAGCGCGUGACACGAAUACGUCCGUCAUCGCGCGCGACGGACCCGCGCGAGCGAUAAGCUGGAUAUUGACGGCCGUGCUUCGAAGGCGGCGAAGCGUGAUGCCAUCGCGCUUCUGCUGCAUCGCGAGGCGCAUUCGUCGCAUCCGUCGGCGGAUUCAACGUCGAUAAUCGGGCCGCUGAUCGCGAGGCGGAAGGAAGAGGAGCGCGCGAAGAGAAGCGCACGCGGAACGACCGGCCGGAGGAUACCACCUCCAUCUCCUUCUCCUCCUCCCCGUUGUGUGCCCCGCUGUCACGAGGAGCACGAGGCACGAGCACCUCAGUCACACGCGACGGGGUUGAGAAGGCGGACGCGUUCGCUCCACGUGCACCGGCUCCCCGGCGGCGUCCCGACGUACGAAGCGCCGCGGAGGAAAAAACUCCCUCCUGCCCGCCCACUUUUUCCGUUUCACGCCCACGUCACCGGGCUAAUUAAUCAGAGAAAUAAAUAUUUGUCCGUGACGGACGCACCGCGCGACCAACGAUCGAUCGAUCUGCCGUCUCGCCCCGCGAUCGCGCUUUUCUUUUUUUUUUUUCGUCGAGGUAGCCCCGGAAUCUUCGCGCCCUUUCUCGACGACACGCGGAAUCGCCGAUUAUUAUUUCGAUAUCAAUUCUUUCGGAAUUCUUUCGAUAUCAAGUCAUCCGAUCUAGUGUCUUUUUUUUCCCUUCGCUUCGUUCACCGAAUAACGACGAGUCGAUGAAGUUAACGACGAAGUCGACUUUGCGUGACGCGCAGCUUCCAUUAGAUGAUAUCGCGCGGAAAUCAUUUUACGCGUAAUUCGGACUCCGUAUGAGCGACGUGGACGGGAAACGCGACUCUAAUGUAUCACGCGACGUGAGUGAGCGACCGGUCCCGAUCGAUCGUUUCUUCCUUCGUUCGUCCUUUCGAUACGGAAGCCGAAAGAACGAGAUCCUUUGAGCGUAAAAUCGAAAAAGUUGAUUUGAAAAUAGUGGUUGUUGAAAAAAAAAAAGAUUGAGAAGGAUCGAGUAAGGAGAAAAGACAAAGUGUGCGAACGUGGAUGAAGACGUAAUCCAUUUCUCUCUCGACGCGGACGUACGAGCGCGCACGUGGCGCGCACUCUCCCCAUGUCCGGGAGCCUGCAGGCCGUGCGCCAAAUAUCGUCCGCGGGAUAUUAAUAAUCGCUGGAGGAUCCAACAAGAGAGCACUAUCGGACUUUCUUGAAGAAGCGAUGACCACCGUGCCGCCGCUUGCCGGAAGGUAUCGCGAUUUUACGAUCGUCCCGCCCGACCCCGCGCCCCGGCGCAGCGCCAUGCGCCCCCGAGAUCGCGUUAGGAGAACGACGAGGAUCGCGCGUCUCCGACGGCGCGAAUAGAGAGACCGGGGCAAGAGCCCCGGGUUGAUGCCGCCGCUCCUCCCUCGUCGACGGUCGCCACGAUGGGAUUUCCGUCGUCGAACGUGACCGAUCCGCCGGGGUACGACUACCUGAAUCACACCGGGCCGACGAACGCGUCGUCCUUCGUGGACGCGGAGCUGAACCUGCCGUACACCGUCUGCGAGAUCCUGGUAGCGAUCUGCGCGGUCUUCGGCAACGGCCUGGUGAUCAUCGUCUUCGGCAAGGAGCGGAAGCUACGCCGGCGCACCAACUACUACAUCGUCUCGCUGGCCACCGCCGACCUCCUGGUCGGGCUGUUCGCGAUCCCGUUCGCGAUCCUCGCGAGCAUCGGCCUGCCGACGAAUCUCCACGCCUGCCUCUUCACCGUCUCGGUCCUCGUGGUCCUCUGCACCAUCAGUAUCUUCUGCCUGGUGGCGGUGUCCGUCGAUCGUUACUGGGCAAUCCUGUAUCCCAUGGGAUACUCGCGCACCGUACGCACCAAAACUGCCAUAGGUAUAAUAUGCGUGUGCUGGGUCGCGGGCACUCUGGUGGGCUUCCUGCCGCUCCUGGGAUGGAACACCGGCGAGAUGCACGAUCACAGGUGCAUCUUCACGAACGUAAUGGACUACAACUACCUCGUGUUCCUGUACUUCGCCACGAUCAUCUUCCCCGCCCUGCUGAUCGCGGCCUUCUACGCCCACAUAUACCGCGUAAUCGUAAGACAGUUGCAGCAAAUCGUCACGGUGGACUCCAGCGACUCAGGGGGUGGCGGUACCGUUCGCCGUCUCGGUGUCCUGCGCCUCGGCGGUCGUUUGGGCCGAGGUAAUCAUCACCAUCAGUCGACGGGGACGAUGCUGCGUUGCCUUGGCGCGGCGCGCAAACGGGAAGUCAAGGCCACGCAGAAUCUCUCCCGCAUCGUCGUCUUCUUCAUCGUCUGCUGGUUUCCGCUGUACACGAUAAACUGCGUGAUGGCGUUCUGCCCGCAUUGCGAGGUGGACGACUUCUUCAUGAAGUUCUGCAUCAUCCUCUCGCACAUUAACUCGGUCGGCAACCCGCUCCUCUACGCCUACCACCUCAAGGACUUUCGUAUCGCCCUCAAGAACUUCGUCUGGCGGCUGCUCUUCCCGCACAGCGACGUCAAGUCCAGCGUGAUCAGCGUGAUCCAGGAUCGGGGUUCCCUCGUCGGCUCGCAGAGGCUUCACAGGCGAUUCAGCGGCUUCGAUCAGCCGAGGAGUCAGAGACCAAGUCUGCUACGCCAGGUGAUCGAUGUGAACAGAAGGAUGGACGGCGCGUACCCGGAAAGGCGCGUCUCGUCGAUCCGGGAGAAGGAAACGCGUCAGAACGCGACGGACGUCGGCACCGCGGACGGAAGUGCGGUUCUAAUCGGCAACUCCUCCGCGCCGACGACGACGGCGAGCAAACGGACGCGCGAGGAGAAGGAGGUGCUGGCCAGCGACGGCGACGUCGUCGACCGCAACGACGACGACGACGCGAAUUCCGAAGACCGUGGAAUUUCCUCGAUGGAAUUGCAAACGUACAAGUCGCUGGCGCCGCUGCUGCCCGCGGAGGAGAACCGCGUCGAGGAAACGCCGCCCGCGUCUAUCUUCGUGAUCGAGGCCGACGUGGUGAAUCACGCCUCGCCCGAUCGUCUCCUGGUCCUGGAGGAAUCUCGGGAUAGGAUCGACGUGGCGGGCGGCUGACAGGAGUAACCACGAUGUAGUAGAGAGCCGAAGCAUUUCUUCAAUUGACGAAAAUUUGGAUUUCUUAAAAAAAAAUCUCUCGGAGUGCCGAUUUUGUUAUUUUAUAUUUGCUCGUCGAGCGUGCCAUAAAAACUGACAUCACGCGUGUUCUAUAAAUGCAAGUCAGAUGAACAAAAAUGGAGCAACAGUGAUAUUCCAUUUGAAGCUGCGAACGAAAAGGCAAAGCGACAAACGUGAUACGUCUGACUCUUCUUUUUUUUUUAUCAUGUACUGUAAACAAAAGCUAGAUUAAAGUAGGAUAAUGUACAGAUAAUUAAGAAACUCACACGUGAAGAAAAAAAGAAUGUGUACUCGAACGCUUGGCGAGGAUAAUGCCUCAUCGUGCGCGGGAUUGCCGAGUGAUAAGUAUGUAUCGAGAAGGGAUAAUAUACUUAAUGUUGUACGGUAGAACAGCGUACGUUGCGAUUGUGUGUUGUUCUCGUAGAAACAUUUGCACGAUGCUUGUGCAAUACUCUGCAUAUCAUAUAUUUGGCAUAAACUAGACACUAGACUGACUAGACGAUCGUCGUGCGCCAUUUUUUUUCCAUAUUCUUCCUCUCAUACUCUUUAUACGCGAUACUUACUAGAUAUGUAUGCACGUUUCGCGUAUGUACGUUGAUAAUCCUGUAAAGUGAUAUUUUAAUCGAUAAAAUUGUUGCGAUACAAAUAAUUAUCAGUCCAUUAUCGAGAGUUAAUAAAGUUAGCAGAGUUUCGGGAAACUCUGCUCUUUAGUGAUGAUAAUUGAUAAAUAACGAAAUUUCACUCACCGAUCAAUCUCCAUCAAACUAUGAUUUAACAGAACAUCGACCCUAAUACGAGUUUUAAGAGAAAAUAAAACAUACAAUUAAUAAAUUAAUUUUCUAAUGGACUGCAAAAUUUUCAAGGAAUUUUUAAUUGUAUAUUUGGUAUUAUAUAUUAAAGAGAGCUUUUCUUUGUCGCGCUGAUUUUUUAAGUUUUCAAGAAUUUUCUUUUUAGAAAAGUAUUUUUUUAAAUUAAUUUUUAUCCUUUAUUUAUUAAGAAUUAAUUUUCUAUUUUUUUAAUUAUUUAUAAUAAAAAAUGUAAAUCAUAUUUUAUACAACUAUAUAUUUAUAUUUUAUAUAUAAUUAGUAAUAGAAAUUCAUUUGACAUGUUCAUAAUUUAUUGGCAUUAAAUAAAUAAAUAUUAUUAAUUAAUUAUUAUUCAUAUUUUUUAUGAAAAUAAAAAAGUAAGAGUUUAAUCUUCAAGCAAUAAAUAAAAAACAAAAAAGUAAUUUGAAAAACACCCUAAAAAAAUUCCUUAAAAUUUUUUUUUUAAUCAACACGACAAAGUAUAAAAUCUCUUCACGUGUCUUUUUUUUAAUACAGACAGUACAAGUUUAUCAUUAAUAAAAACCGUAAGAUAUUGUUAAAUUAACAAAUUAUAUGUAUACACAUUGUAUACAAAUGUUGAUGUUAUAAGCUCGAUUAUUUUAAUACUCACUUCUCUCUCUCUCUCUCUCUCUCUCUCUCUCUCUCUCUCUCUCUCUCUCUCUCUCUCUCUCUCUCUCUCUCGCUCGCUCGCUCGCUCGCUCGCUCUCUCUCUUUCUCUCAUUUCUUUCUUUUACCUUCUGUACCUAUUUAUUUUUAGAGACGCAAGUAUAUAGUAUAUUAAAUGUACGAGUAAACUAUAUUAAAUUAUUUAUUAUACCAUUUUUGAUCGAGAAUUCUAGAUUCUAUCAAAUCUUGAAUAUUUUGAUCAAGAAUUCUACUUUUUAAAUUUUAGAAAUCUCAUCGUGACGACUAUUCUAUAAAAAAAAAAUAAAAUUGACUGAAAGGGAUAUAUGUGUAAUAACGCAAGCAAAUUUUUAACGUUCGAUAAGCAUCCUGUGUAUCGCGGUACUGAACGAACGAAAUCGAUGUCAUUAAAGCUUCGCGCGUAUAAUCCAUACAUGCAUUCGAUUCUUCAUUGUUUCAUUUAUACCCUUUCAAACUUUCCGAUCAAUUUGAUGCAUAUGA